GUGCUGGAGUCUUGCGCUGACGAUCUCAUCUACAACAUACCGCAGGCCUACAAGCCAGGCCUCCAGAAGAUAUGCUACAACCAGGGUAGGUCCUUCGCCUUCAUCUUCGACUCCGAGGACUCCGCUAAGUGGUUCCUGGAGACGACGAGGACCGUAGAUGUGCAGAACUGGCAGCUCGGUUGCAACGGGUUUCGCGGCAAUCUAUGUCUGAUUGUGGAAGACGAGAUCGAGAACUUGUUCACGCUGGAGACCGAGGAUCGCGACCAGUGGAUCGUCGUGCCUGACUACGACACGCUCCACCGCUACAAGAUUGCUCGCGAACUUGUCGGCCAGAUGGCUGCCGCGGCCGUCGCUAGG